CAACUCCCCACCCAAACUGGCUUCAACCUGUGACCUGUCCCACCAACAGCCCUGAUCUCUCAUUUCUCUCUUUCUCUCUCCUGCUUCGCAUUCUUCGCCAUCCAGUCAGUCCUUUAUUUGUUUCUCGUCUGUGUGGUGGACGGCGAGCCUGAAAAUCACAUCCAAAAUCACAAAUAAAAAGACGUUCCAAUCUUCACGAAAACAAAGGGAGCGUGAAAAAGCAUACCGAAAAAUAGCGGAAAAAUGGCUCUCAAGCUCAACUCCCUCAGCUUGCAGUCUCACAAGUGUUCUUCGUUUGCUCUUCCGCCAAUGGCGAGCAGCAGCCUUAGAUCUCCCAAGUUCGUCAUGGCUUCAACCCUCCGUUCAGGCACAAAGGAAGUUGAGAACCUGAAGAAGCCUUUUACUCCACCUCGUGAGGUCCAUGUUCAAGUAACACACUCUAUGCCACCUCAGAAAAUUGAGAUCUUCAAAUCUAUGGAGGAAUGGGCUGAGGAAAAUAUAUUAGUUCAUCUGAAGCCAGUUGAAAAGUGUUGGCAACCACAGGAUUUUCUACCAGACCCUGCUUCAGAUGGUUUUCAUGAUCAGGUCAAGGAACUAAGGGAGAGGGCUAGGGAGAUUCCAGAUGAUUACUUUGUAGCUUUAGUUGGAGAUAUGAUCACUGAAGAAGCUCUUCCAACAUACCAAACAAUGCUCAACACACUUGAUGGUGUUAGGGAUGAAACAGGUGCAAGCCCCACCUCUUGGGCUGUUUGGACAAGGGCUUGGACUGCUGAAGAGAACAGGCAUGGUGACCUCCUUAAUAAAUAUCUGUACCUUUCUGGGCGAGUUGACAUGAGAGCAAUUGAGAAAACAAUUCAGUACUUGAUUGGGUCAGGAAUGGAUCCUCGGACUGAAAACAGUCCUUACCUUGGAUUUAUCUACACAUCAUUCCAAGAAAGGGCAACUUUUAUCUCCCAUGGUAACACUGCUAGACAAGCUAAGGAGUAUGGGGACAUUAAACUGGCUCAAAUCUGUGGCACAAUCGCCGCUGAUGAGAAACGCCAUGAAACUGCCUACACCAAGAUAGUGGAAAAGCUUUUUGAGAUCGAUCCUGAUGGGACUGUACUGGCCUUUGCAGACAUGAUGAAGAAGAAAAUCUCUAUGCCAGCACACUUGAUGUUUGAUGGCCAUGAUGAUAACCUCUUUGAUCACUUUUCAGCAGUGGCUCAACGGCUCGGUGUGUACACAGCUAGAGACUAUGCAGAUAUUUUAGAGUUUCUCGUGGGCAGGUGGAAAGUGGGAGAUAUUACAGGACUUUCAUCUGAAGGGAGAAAAGCUCAAGACUACGUGUGUGGAUUGCCCCCUAGAAUCAGAAGACUGGAGGAGAGAGCUCAAGGUAGAGCCAAACAAGGACCCAUCAUCCCAUUUAGCUGGAUAUAUAAUAGAGAAGUGCAGCUCUGAGUGGACUAUAUAAUGUGGUGAAUUGGAAUCAGGUAAGUCUCUUUCCAUAAGCGCUAUCAAGUGCGGGUAGUGUAUUAAAACUGCAGUCUGGAUCAAAAUUUAUAUCGUUGGGUUAAGAGGUUUUGCUGGAGAUAUUAUGCUGAGUUGUAGAUACAGUUAUUUAAUCGUGUUGUCGUUAGGUCUUCAUAUAGGGUCAGCUCUAGUUGUCUUUUUUUCUUAAAUGUCAUGGUGGUGUUUAUUUCUGUUCUUUGCUAGUGCUUGUUACUGUAAACCUUUUAUCAAUAUCAAUGCAAUUUUGUUGAUUUUGUUCAA